AUGUCCCAACCCCCCAACCCCCGCCCAGGCCUAGGCCUCUUCACCCGAGGCCUCUCCUCCCUCUCCCAAUCAACCACAGACCCCAACUCGCCCUCCGUCACCACCCCCGCCGAGCAACGCGACGACGCCAAACGAAACUUCCUCAAAGCCAUGCGUCCCCUCCCCACCCAGCACUACUGGAACGUCUGGUUCGACCGCCCCCCCACCUCCACCAACCCAGGGGAGGAGUACCACUCCAACCUGGAACAACUCGGCACAACCAUCGAGUCGGUCCAGGACUUUUGGCGCUACGCAAACAACACCCCCGUCGACCAGAUCCGGAUGAAAGAGUCCAUUUACCUGUUCAAGGUGGGGUUCAAGCCGAUCUGGGAAGACAGGAGAAACAUCCUGGGAGGGUCGUGGACGUUCAGAGUGCCAAAGGGGAACGGGCCGGAUGUUUGGACGAGGGUGCAGUUGUUGGCUGUAGGGGAGAAGUUGCAGAGUGUGCUUGAGGAGGGUGACCAAAUCUGCGGUGUCGGCCUCUCGGUCAGAUUCAACUCCCAUCUCAUCUCCAUCUGGCACAGAGACUCCUCCAAGAAAAAGUCCAUCGACGCCAUGCUGGAGUGCGUGCUCGAGGAGCUCCCUCCUGAGCUCACCCCCAAGCCGGACAACUACUUUUACAAGAAGCACUCUGAUCAUGCCGGGUUCAAAGUGCCGCCCGAGUUGCAGGCCGUGAUUGAUUCCCAGAAGGCGAGGGAGAAGGCCGCUGCUGAGAAGGCUGCUCAGGGGGUCCAGGCUGUGGCUGGGGAGGCGCCCGAGAUUAGGGAGGUGCCGCCUUCUUCUUGA